AAUUGCGCAGGCGCAGUGAGGCUGGUAUCAUGGCGUCCAGGGCCAAGCGGCGUGCCUUGGGUAGUGGGGCUCCGCGGGUUCCAGGUGUUCCGGUCCCGCGAGACGAGGAAGAAGAGGAAGAUGAAGUGGAGGACGAGGACGAAGACGAUGAAGACAGUGACGAAGAAGAGGAUGAAGACGACGAGAGCGUCGACGAGGAAGUGAACGUUGAAUUUGAAGCGUAUUCCAUCUCAGAUAAUGAUUAUGACGGAAUUAAGAAGUUACUGCAGCAGCUUUUCCUGAAGGCUCCUGUGAACAUUGCAGAACUAACUGAUCUCUUAAUUCAACAAAACCACAUCGGGAGUGUGAUUAAGCAAACGGAUGUUUCAGAAGACAGUGAUGACGAUGUGGACGAAGAUGAGAUUUUUGGAUUCAUAAGUCUUUUAAAUUUAACGGAAAGAAAGGGUACGCGGUGUGCUGAACAAAUUAAAGAGUUGAUCCUGAGCUCCUGUGAGAAGAGCUGUGGGAAGAGCUCGGUUGAACAGCUGGACGCGCUUUUCAACGACGCCUCCAAGCCCGUGGGCUUUCUCCUCAGCGAGAGGUUCAUUAACGUUCCUCCUCAGAUCGCGCUGCCCAUGCACCAGCAGCUCCGGAAAGAACUGGCAGAGGCACACAGAACGAACAAGCCGUGUGGAGAGUGUUCCUUCUACCUUCUGAUCAGCAAGACGUUUGUGGAAGCUGGAAAAAACAAUCCCAAAAAGAAAUGGAGCAGCCAAGAGAAAGAUGAGUUAAUGUUUGCAAAUGCAGAGGAAGAAUUUUUCUAUGAGGCAAUCUUGAAGUUCAACUACUCGGUGCAGGAAGAGAGCGACACCUGUUUGGGAGGCAGGUGGUCCUUUGACGACGUCCCGAUGAAGCCCUUGCGAACUGUGAUGUUGAUUCCAGGUGACAAGAUGGACGAAAUCAUGGGUGAACUGAAAGAGCAUCUCUCUCUCUGACCCGUUUCCCAUGGGCAGCAGGGGGCUGGUUUUCGUUUUUGUAAAAUUACCAGAAAACAGCUCAGAUUUACUGAAAAACUCAUCACUUUAUUCAGAUUAAGGUCCUCUACAAAAAAGUAGGGUUCUGUCACCUGUGUCUGUGACACAUUUACAAAAUAGCCUUUUUUAAAAAAAAAAAAUUUGGUCGAAUUACGAACGGUUGAUGAAGAGCUUUUCCAGUAAGAAGGAAAAUGUGGAGUAGUAAUUUAAAGAACUCAAUAAAAACUUCCAUUUUUUAUUUUUAAAUAA